UUGGAGACCAGGACACACAGCAGUCCUCUGCAGCACCGGCACAGUCUCCUUCACCGUCCUCGUCUUCAUCAUGCCCAGCUGGACCAGCCUGCUCUUCCUCCUCUGCCUGCUGACCUCAGCCCUCGGCUGUGAUUGGCUCACACACUAUGGUCAUGCAAGCAACAUAUCUCGGACUCACGCCGAGCACAUGGGCGGUCAGCUGACCAAAGAGGAGUGUCCUGUUUCCUUCCCAUACAAACUCUACGAACAAAUAAGGACGACAAAGGUGGAGUCCCAGCUGGUUUUCAUCAGAGACAGUCUGAAGCUAAUUUUCGGUCUCUAUCGGCACAACAACAUCUCCUCUGUUACCUGGGACACCAAAGAGAUGGAACACUUCCUGGUGUGCGUCUACAGACAGAUCGAGGAACUCGACCGCUGUGUGUCGACCACGAUGCCAGGCGACGUCAAACUGAGAAGAUACUACAGGAGACUCGCGAGACGCACUCUGCACUGCACUGGUGGUAGUGCUGAGUCCUGGGAGCUGAUCAGGAAGGAAACUAUAAACCACCUGCAACAGCUGGAACUGCUGGUGAACGCCAUCGUAGCUUCAACUUCCCGCCGACACUGACACGUCUCACAGCCUCCACCAUGUUUCUGUUGUCUAUUUAUUUAUCAUGUUUCUAUUUAUGAACAAGGUCACGUCCUCUAUUUAUUUAUUUUAAUGUCUUCUAUCUAUUUAUUUUAAUGUCUUCUAUUUAUUUAUUUAUUCAUUGAACUGACAUUUUUGUACCCACUGAGACUGAUUUUACUUGAAAACGGUUUAUAACUGAACAAUAAAGACAUUCCAUGCA